UUCCCCCUCUUUGACUUUACUUCCCCACCCCCUCUUUUUAAGCCCAGUCUCCAUCCCCAAUUUCUUCAUUCUGAAACCCUAAUUUCUCAAUUCAUUCAUUCAUUCAACCUUUUUACAGCAACAAUGGCGGUCGAUCUAUUCGGAAUUCAAACUGUCGAACACCUGAAUCGCAUCUUCCAGCUCAACAAUCACGAUUUCUCCGUUUCUUCUAACUUCAAACAAGCUGUUUCCGCCUUGACGCGUAGCGGACACGCGCGCUUCCGCCGUGGACCUCCGGUUACCUCGUCUGAUCCUCACGCGCCGUCUGUUUCUUCGCGAUCGGAAGAUAAACAUAAAAUGAUGAAAGAGUCUGGUGCGGUUGAUGCUGUUACGGAUGCUGUAACGGCGUCGUUUCAGUCGAUGACGUCAUCGUUUGUUGGAGGAAGUGUUGAAGGAAGUGUGUCGAACGGUAGACAGUUGUCGUCGUUAGGUAUUGUAGCUCCGGCACCGUCGUUUUCGUCGAGGAAACCGCCGUUGCCGUCGUCUCACCGGAAACGCAACGGCACCGCCACGCCGUCUGCUUCGUUGCACGGAUCUCGAACCGCUUGCCACUGCUGCAAGAGAAGGAAAACCGGCUCGAAACGAGAAGUGAGAAGAAUUCCGAUAAUCGGAUCGAAAGUAGAAAGUAUACCUGCGGACGAUUACUCGUGGAAGAAAUACGGUGAAAAGAAGAUCGAAGGUUCACGGUUUCCAAGAGUAUAUUACAAGUGCAACUCUGUUAAAGGAUGUCCGGCGAGGAAGCGGGUGGAGUUAUCGGUAACGGAUUCAAAGAUGCUUGUUGUAACAUACGACGGAGAACACCGUCACCACCGUCACACUCCGACGCCAUUACCGGCUAGUUUGAACAGCUUACAGUAAGAGUUUUCCGGAUCAGUUAGUCCUUUAAAUCUCUCCGGUUAUUGUUCUAUGAGAUGUGAAAAGUUGAGGGUGUGAUAUGUAAUUAUGUAAAGUAGAAGGGAGUAAAGUGUAAAGAGAAAGGAGAAGAAAGAAGGGUCAUAUCUAAAAGAUUCGAUUUUGUUGAAACUAUUGAGUUUCUUCUUCUUUCUUGCUUUGUUUAACUUAUUCCUAAAAGAACAAAAAAUAUAAAAAGUAAAAGGUGUUUGUUGGGA